GUGGCUUUGAUUGGGGGUCAUGUGACGUUACAUAACCAGGCUCCAGCUCAGUUCAAGGAAAGUAGGCUGCACUGUUCAGGCAUUUGACGACGGGAAAGCAACGAAUAAACCACGCUGAAGGUGCAGGGAUCAGAAGAAUGAAUUUCCUCCUGGAAACCCUUCAAGUGAUCGUAAUGUCGAUCUAUUACAACAUGGAGGCGUUUGUCCGACUGUUCAUCCCACCCAAGAACAAAAAUGUCACCGGUGAAAUCGUCCUCAUCACUGGGGCGGGCAGCGGCAUUGGCCGGCUCCUGGCUGAGAAGUUUGCCCCCCUGGGCGUUUCUCUGGUCUUGUGGGACAUCAACCAGGAGGGCAUGGAGGAGACUUCAAGGCUAGUGAAGGAGAAAGGGGCGACUAAGGUCCACUACUACUUGUGUGACUGCAGUGACAAGUCUGAAGUCUACAGAGUGGCUGACAAGGUCAAGGAAGAAGUGGGGGAUGUAAGCAUUCUCAUAAACAACGCAGGCAUCGUCACGGGCAGGAAGUUCAUGGAUGCACCAGACUCCCUCAUUGAGAAAACCUUCGAAGUUAACACCAUGGCACACUUUUGGACAUAUAAAGCCUUUCUCCCAGCGAUGACUGCCAACAACCACGGUCAUCUGGUCAGCAUUGCCAGUUCAGCUGGUCUGAUUGGUGUCAAUGGGCUAGCAGAUUACUGUGCCAGUAAGUUUGCUGCUAUUGGCUUUGCUGAGUCUGUGGCUCUGGAGCUGCUGGCUACUGGGAAGGAUGGAGUCAAGACUACCAUAGUGUGUCCAUUCUUCAUCAAUACUGGCAUGUUCGAUGGCUGCAAUACUAAGUGGCCUCUCUUGUUGCCCGUCCUGGAUCCAGACUACGUAGCAAACAAGAUCAUUGAAGCCAUUUUAACUGACCAGGUCUACCUUCUGCUCCCAAGGACCAUGUAUCUUAUCAUAGGCCUGAAGAAUAUUAUACCCGCCAAGCUUGGGAUUCUGCUGGGGAUGUAUCUGGGAGCUUUCAACUUUAUGGAUUCUUUCAAAGGACGCAUCAAGAAGGUGGAGUAGAGAAGAGAGGAAAAAAAGAGACCACAUACUCUGUAAUAUUAGUGCCUCAAAGGAGAUUAAUAGUGCCUGUCAUGUUUCUGUAUUUGUUUCUCUUUUUACUUGUUUUAUUCUUGUUUAUAAUUAAUUUUAGUGUGAAAACCCUACUUACUAGUUUAACUCUGCAGACAAAUUAUAUGUGUAGGCUGUAUUGGUAAUCAAAUAAUUAAUGUAUUACCUUAAAAGUUGAUGUAACAUUGUGUUUUUGUAGCAUAAAUCUAUGGUGUUAGCUCACUACACUGACGCGUAAGUAACAUUGUGUUUUUGUAGCAUAAAUCUAUGGUGUUAGCUCACUACACUGACGCGUAAGUAACAUUGUGUUUUUGUAGCAUAAAUCUAUGGUGUUAGCUCACUACACUGACGCGUAAGUAACAUUGUGUUUUUGUAGCAUAAAUCUAUGGUGUUAGCUCACUACACUGACGCGUAAGUAACAUUGUGUUUUUGUAGCAUAAAUCUAUGGUGUUAGCUCACUACACUGACGCGUAAGUAACAUUGUGUUUUUGUAGCAUAAAUCUAUGGUGUUAGCUCACUACACUGACGCGUAAGUAACAUUGUGUUUUUGUAGCAUAAAUCUAUGGUGUUAGCUCACUACACUGACGCGUAAGUAACAUUGUGUUUUUGUAGCAUAAAUCUAUGGUGUUAGCUCACUACACUGACGCGUAAGUAACAUUGUGUUUUUGUAGCAUAAAUCUAUGGUGUUAGCUCACUACACUGACGCGUAAGUAACAUUGUGUUUUUGUAGCAUAAAUCUAUGGUGUUAGCUCACUACACUGACGCGUAAGUAUUGCUAAAUUUAGUAGCUAUUUCACUCUUGUACCGUUCAGUGGAAUACGUCCUCUUUUUGGCCUAAAGGAAAAUUGGAAGGUUUUUAUUAUUAUUGACGCACUUGGUUUUUUGUAUUUUUAUGUUAACUUGUUUUAAAAGGUCCAUUGUUUUGAGGUCGAACCAGUUUCACCGACAGUGAUAACCAGAACCACAGAUGUUGAAUUGAAGUCAACUUCACAGAGUAGUAUGGAGGUACAGUAUACUGCAAUGUUGUCAUUAGCGGUUAGAUUACCUCAUGCGCACAAUACACAUUAGAAAAGGCCUAGUAGAGAAGCUUAGAAAACUGUCAUGUAAAGGAUAAUUACCUGUGUGUACUGGACUAGUUUUGUGAAGUUCUCUAAGUCUACAGUAGCCAGAUGACGGUUUACUCUACUGCCAUUAGGAUAAUCAAUGAAGUAAUAAUGCACAUGCAUCCAGUGUCUCUGUACAGAGGUGCUAGGCAUUGGAUCAGAAGGUUAGGAUAAAUAAAAAUGAUCCGAGUUUGCAAA